CUUCCUCCCCCAACACCUCCCCCCGCCAAUUGAACACCCACACUCCUCAUCUACACAGCGGAGGACACCCCUCACCAAUCCCCUAACGAUGAGCUUCCUACCGCGCCUUUCGCGCACCCCCCUCGCCCUCCGUACCCUCACGCGCCCAACCCUCCCCCGCGCCCCAGCACGCCUCACCCGCCUCUCCUCCACGACCAGCACCCCUCCUCCCCCCUCCCGCAUCGUCACAGCUCUCAAGCGCCUCGUCACCACGACCUUCAUUACCACCGCCCUCCUCAUAACCUACCUCUCCACAACCGACACCCGCUUCACAGCCCUGCACCGCCAUCUCAUCGUGCCCUCUCUCCGCUACCUCGUUCCCGACCCAGAACAAGCACACUCCCUCACCCUUACCGCGCUCUCAACACUCUACACCCUCGGUCUCCACCCCCGUGAGCGGACCCCCUCCGCCGGUCCAGACCUCAGCACCACAAUCUUCGGCCACGUCCUCACCUCCCCCCUCGGCACCUCCGCCGGAAUCGACAAGAACGCCUCCGUCCCCGACGCCCUCCUCGCCCUCGGCGCCGCAUACACUGAAGUCGGCGGUAUAGUGCCUAAGCCCCAAGCCGGAAACCCCCAGCCGCGCCUCUUCCGCAUCCCCUCACAAAACGCCCUGAUCAACCGUUUCGGACUCAACUCCCUUGGCGCCGACGCUGUCGCUGCGCGUCUCCGCGAGCGCGUCCGUCGUUACGCAAUCUCUGCCGGAUUUGGCGGUGGCGAUGAUGGAGAACGUCGCGUGCUUGAUGGCGAGGCGGGUGUGCCGCCGGGAUCGCUGGUGGAGGGGAAGUUGAUGGGUGUGCAGAUUGGGAAGAACGCAAGUACGCCUGAUGAUAUUGACUCUGUCGUCGCGGAUUACGUGUACUGCGUUCAGCGCCUCGCGCGCUACGCUGACGUGCUGGUGGUUAACGUGUCCAGCCCCAACACGGCUGGGCUGAGAGAUCUGCAGGCGCAGGCGCCGUUGACGGCGAUUUUGAAGGCCGUUGUUAAGGCUGCGGGGGAGACAGACAGGAAGGUCGCGCCAAGGGUUAUGGUUAAGGUUUCCCCUGAUGAGAAUGAAGCGAAGCAGGUGGAGGGGAUCUGUAACGCGGUGUGGGAUUCGGGCGUUGACGGGGUCAUCGUUGGAAACACGACUAAGAGGCGGCCGGCGCCUGUUCCCGCUGGGUUCGUCCUGCCGGCGGAGGAGGAGAGGAUACUAAGGGAGGAGGCUGGAGGUUAUUCGGGACCGCAGCUGUUUGAGGGGACGGUGGAUUUGGUGAGGAAGUAUAGGAAGGAGUUGGAUAAGGGGAGGAGUGGGGAGAGGAAGACGGUGUUUGGGAGUGGGGGGGUUACGAAUGGAAAGGAGGCGCUGAAGGUUUUGGAGGCGGGUGCGGAUAUGGUGCAGAUUUAUACAGCACUCGUCUACGGCGGCGCUGGAACGCUCACCAAGAUCAAGCAUGAGAUGCGUCGCGAGAUUGACCGCAACACACCGCGUAGCGACUAAACCAAACUAACCUCCCACCUCCCUUGAGGAAGAUGUAUGUGAGAACAAGAGACAGAGAGAGAGAAGAUGGAAUUAUACCUAGAGUGUUGUAUCAAGUAGCCUAGACAUUGUAUAAACAAAAAAUCCAACAAAGUUCAAU